GCACAGAAAAAAGACUCUCAAUUUCAACGAUAAGAGUCAUGUAAUGUCUGGAAGUUUGUUAUUUCAAAAGUUACUUACAACGGUUUUCGGAUGGACAAUUGGCAUUUUUAGUGUCCAAACCUAUUCCAAAAGUACACAAAGCGGUGAAUUAGUUCGAUCUAUUGAUGGACCUUAAAUGAAGUCACAUAGUAACAUGGCGGAAUUCAAAGACUCUCCGGAUGUCAGUGAGAAGGUCCAAGAUCACAGAAACCUUCGUGAUUGGACAAUUACCAAUAGUUCAGAUCCCGAGCACCAUCUUCCUAUCAAUAUGGUCUUCAACGACGGACACAAACUAUCUAUUACCGUGUACAGCUUUCUGAUGGUGUUUUCCGCUGUGGCCAACUUGACAGUGCUAUCUUGGUUAAUUAAAAGGAGAAGGCAGACACCGACCAGAAUCAACACGAUGCUGAUGCAUCUAGCGAUUGCCGAUUUGUUGGUAACGUUUUUGAUGAUGCCUUUGGAGAUAGCAUGGUCCGCAACAGUGCAGUGGAUCGCAGGUGAUGCAAUGUGCAGAAUCAUGAUGUUCUUCAGGAUAUUUGGGCUCUACUUAUCUAGCUUUAUACUGAUUUGUAUAAGUAUUGAUAGGUAUUACGCGGUACUUAAACCAUUACAACUUGCUGUGAUAGACAGAAGAGAGAAGUUAAUGUUAAUAUCUGCAUGGGUCGGAGCUGUAUUUUGUAGUGCACCCCAGAUGUUUAUAUUUCACGUGGAAAGACAUCCCGAGGUGAAAUGGUACAAACAGUGCGUCACGUACCAUAGUUUGCCAACCCCUGCAUACGAGGUGGCCUAUUCGGUGUCGGGGAUGAUAAUGUUGUAUGCUUUUCCGUUAUGCGUUAUCAUUUAUUCCUACGCAUCGAUUUUGGUGGAGAUCUUUAGGAGAACUAGAAAUCCCAGUGGGGCUGAUAGCAUUACACGAUCAAGCUUAGCAUUUCUCGGGAAAGCAAAGAUACGCACAUUGAAGAUGACCAUUAUCAUAGUUUUUGUUUUUUUUGUUUGCUGGACACCUUACCACGUCAUGUGUGUGUGGUACUGGUAUGAUAGGGAAUCUGCUUUAAAAGUCGAUCAACGCAUCCAGAAGGGUUUGUUCCUAUUCGCCUGCACUAAUUCCUGCAUGAAUCCUAUAGUGUACGGCGUUUUCAACGUUAGAGCUCGCAGAAGAGGGGUUAGAGUUAGACCAAGAGUCGACAGCAAUCCGCUGCCUAGAACUAAGCUGCCCGCACCCAGAAUGACAGCAGAAACUCGCCUGUCACCGCUGGAACUCUCUUUAAGGAGCCUCGAGUAAUAGUCUUCAAUUAAGAUUCCUCCUACGUCGGGGCUUGAUAAAUCAAGCUUGCUGACGUUUCGCCAAUCAUCCUGUUGGGUUCUUCAGAGCUUAACUGAAACUCGACGACAGAGGAGGAAUAAAGAAAAACGGUAAAUAGUAUUAC